AUAUUUUAGGAAAAGGACAAAUACAGUACCAAUACCGUUGCGUUUCAACCACCAUGACUCCGCCGAGUAUCACCCUUAUCCCUUCCUCCACCACAACCACCAUCCCUCCGACGCCCCUGAAACCACCGCCGUCGGUGCAGCAACCACUGCCGCCGCUCGAAGCAAAGUUUUUCAACCGUAGAAAUGCCGUCGUUUGGCUCUCACUCAUUGCUCCUCUCACUCAUCCUGCCUCCGCUCUCUCCUUCGGCAUAUCAGGACCAAAAGAAUGGCUAAGAGAUCAGAAGAAGAAGACUGCGAAGUACCUUUUGGCUCCAAUCGAGGCUUCUAGAAACAUCCUCCGAUAUGCUAAUCUCUUACUUAUUGCUUUGUACUUGACAGCUAGAACUGAACCGGAAUUUGGUGAAAAGGAACUUGAAGAAGUUCAGAGCUUAUUGAGAUCUGCUGCAAGGGAUUGUGUGCCUCAAGAGAGAAAUUCCUUCGUUCAGUUUCAAUCAAAAUCAGGAGUUGAGGUUUGCACUUUCCAGUUGGUUGUGAAAAAUGCUUCUUCUUUGCUUCCUGACAAGGACCCGGUAAAGUUAGCAGCUGAAGCCAAACUUAUUGAUCUCAUAAGGUCUUUUGCUUCUCUCAGUGACAUGGCAAAUGAAUUCGAUGUGCAAGUUGCUUCUAAUAGACAAAAGGUUGCAAAUGCUCUCAUGGAUACAGUGACCUGUCUGGACAACUUUGAGCAAGGCGUCAAGGAAUGCCUUGAAGUUUGAUUAUCCUUAUUCAAGUCAAAGAAGGAACAGGAUGAAUUUGGCAUUUGCCAAUUUGGCAGAUGCUUUUAUCCUUUACUUUUGGGACGGGCAAAAAGGAAAACUUCAAUAGGUUGUAUCAUACACUUAAUGUUAAAUAUUAUUCUUUCAUUGUUUUGA